AUGCCGUUCGACUCUACUUUCAAGCAGUUCCUCAGCAUGUUCUAUUUUCUCACCGAUGCACCAAGUGAGAACGAGAAAGUCAAGCAACGGACGCAUCGUCCCAAGCAAGUUUUCCCUUAUGGACCAAAUUCAAACGUCGCCAUGGUGUAUGGAACGGUUGAUUACGUGUUCAAAGAUCACUCCGAGAAGAGAGUUCACUGGGCCGCAAGAUGUGACUUCGUCAAAUUAGACCAGGCAUAUCUGGAUCGCUAUCAGGUGUUUUUAGCAGACGAUGUGGCCUGGAAUUCCAAUGCAAACUCAUAG